AUGCGGCCCAUAGUUUCUUUCUGUGGGUCCCCGACCUACCAACUGUCUAAAUACUUAACUAACGUACUGAAACCGCUGACUGACGAAUCUAGACACAAACUACAGUCUACUGAGAACUUUAUUGACUCCACUGAGACAAUACAGAUACCGGACGACCACAAACUAGUGCCCUUUGACGUGAAAUCGCUGUUCACCAGCAUUCCACUUCAACUGGCUCUAGACUGUACUGAGAACGCUAUUAAGAACUCUACUGUUGAACUACCACUACCUACAGAUGACAUUAUGGACCUACUCAACCUCUGUUUGACUUCGACGUACUUUCAGUACAACGGCAAACACUACAAACAGUUACACGGUACAGCUAUGGGCUCUCCAGUUUCUGUUGUUGUAGCAGAAAUUGUCAUGCAAAACAUCAAGGAACAAGCCCUAGCUACCUACACGCGAAUUGUACCUCUUUGGUUACGUUACGUUGACGACACAUUCACCGCCGUACACAAAGACGGAAUCGACGAUUUUCACGAACACCUUAACAGACAGAACGCGGACAUACAGUUCACCAAGGAGAUCGAAGAAAAUGGUAAGAUACCUUUUCUAGACUGCUUGGUCACUCGCGACAACAGUAAACUAAAAACGACUAUUUUCAGAAAACCGACACAUACCGACCGAUUACUAGACCAGUCUUCGUACGACCCGACCUCUCACAAGGCUACUACUAUCCGGACUCUGACGAGACGAGCGCAACUAGUUUGCGACUCACCUGACAGCCUAAAAGACGAGACUGAUUAUAUUAACAACGUUUUUAGCAAGAACAAUUACAACACGGACUUUGUUAGACGGAACACUCACAGUAACACUGAUUCCAACUCUCAGACCAACUCUGGCCCUGUUACGACAGCGACUAUACCGUACAUCAGAGGCACCUCUGAAACUAUUGCACGUAUAUUACAACCUUACCAUAUACGUGUUGCGUACAAAGCGAUAACCACUUUACGGCGACUGCUUACUGAUGUCAAGGACAAAGACAAACCGCAGGAAAGACAGGGAGCAGUAUACAAGAUCAAAUGCUGCGACUGCCAGGCUUCUUACAUUGGUGAAACCGGCAGAAACCUAAGCACGCGACUGACCGAACAAAAACGCGCGACGAGGAAUGGUGACGUCAACAAUCACAUUGCUGAGCACCAUUUAAAGACGAAACAUCAAAUUGACUGGGACUCUGUGACAUGUAUAACGUAUUCUACAGACUACUAUCAACGUCUUACUUUAGAAAGCUGGUUUACUAACUUAGAACAAACGCCACUGAAUCGUAGCCAACAGUUACCAGCGCCGUACAAACGACUUAUUGACGAGAUCAAGCAAAACUAA